UAAUGCAUGGAGCAUGGACAUAAAGUAACGAGACAGACAAGACAAUUCGAUAUACGCUGUGAUGAAGUAAAUUUGCUGGCAAAUAUAAAUAAACAAGCGAAUAAAAUUAAAAUGGCUAGAACUCAAAGCCAGUUUGAUAAGCAAAUGUUUGACUUUGACAGUUGACACUUAUUUUGACAGUUGAAUUAUUGCUAUUGGAGUUUUUAGGCGUCCGCGUACGAAACGAAUCAAAUUGUUUGUUGAAAUAAAUAAACAAUAAUAGAACAUUCUUGUAAGAAUUCAUUAGCAGGGAAGUUCGACUGUUUGAGUAUUAGUAAUAAUUAGCAGUGCUGAACAUUGGGACUGUGCGUUCUGUCUGCAUUCGCUAAGGUCGCAGUGCAGCGUGUUGUGGUGUCGACUUAUGCGGCUUAGCUCGACCGGGCCGGCCCCAGCGAAGUGCGCGCCGCUCGGAGAUGGCCCUGGGGGGCGCCGCGCUGCUGCCGCACGCCAGCGUGCUGGACCAGCUGCUCGAGGAGAUCAACUUCCAGCGCACCAAGGAAAUGCGCCAGCUCAUGAAAGAUGACUCGGGCUUCGUGGUGCUGCAGGGGACCACGUACUGGACGGACCUGUUCGUGCGCCACUUCCUGUUCCAGGAGGAGCGCUCCAUCGACUGCGACGACCUGCUGUUCUUCGUGCGCAAGCGCCACGUGAAGGGCACGUCGCGCUACCUGCCCAAGUAUGAGACCGACGUGGAGGUGUUCCGCAAGGACUCCAAGAAGCUGCCCAUCGGCGACCCGGAGAUCGACUGGGAGGAGACGGUGUACCUCAACCUCGUGGUGCACCAGUUCGACUACACGCUCACGCUGGCCAUCUGCACGCGCACCAGCCCCAAGGAGCUGCAGGUGCUGCGGCGCCACUCGCAGAAGGUGUACGCGUCGCCCAGCCGCCGCAAGAUGGACACCAAGGGCGAGGGCGAGGAGAUGACCUACCCCCACAUCUGCUUCAUGGUGGACAACUUCGAUGAGGUGUUCUGCGACAUCGUGGUGCGCGACGGAGAGAUGGUGUGCGUGGAGCUGGUGGCGCGCGGGCGCGGCGGCGCGGCGCAGGCCGUCAUCUUCCUCGGCUCCAUCCGCUACGACGCGCUCACCAGGGUGUACGACGCCAGGCAAUCGUCGCUGUCGACGAAGGUGGCGCAGCGCAUGUCGUUCGGGCUGCUGGGGCGCGCGGCGGCGGCGCGCUGCGAGUUCGUGCGCAUGAAGGGGCCGGGCGGCAAGGGGCACGCCGAGGUGGCCGUGUCGCGCCCGCGCGCCGCCGGCGUGCACACGCCCAGCUCCGAGCCCGGCCUGGCGGCGCCCGAGCUGUGGGACAGCGACUGGGAGGACGACCCCGACGAGCUGUUCCUGUACCGCCACCAGCGCCGCCUGAGCGACCCCAGCGCCAACAUCACCACGUUCGUGCGCGGCGGCUGGCGCGCGCGCGAGCGCGACGACAAGAGCCGCUCCGAGAACGAGGGGCUCGACUCGCUCUCCGACGGGUUCGCGGAGGUGGAGGCGGGCGACCUGCGCGACGAGCUGGACGACGGCGCCUACAACCCGCUGUGGGCCAUGCGCGGGUUCACGCAGACGUUCCACCUGUGGAAGGAGGGGCGGCGCGCGCAGUCGGCGCCGCUCAACGCCUUCCUCACCUACGUCACGCUGCCGUGGUGGAGCAUCGCCAAAGACAUCUUGGACCAUCGCGAGGAACCCAUCCUGACCUUCUGAGAGCGGCGCCGCUCUCGGAACGCCUCCGCUGACCCCGCGACCCCGCGACCCCGCGACGUCGUCUAAGAUCCGGCAUUAGAAAUUAUACCCUGAUCUGUUAUUCAUUAGUGCUAUGAAAUAAAUGAUAGAUAAUGUUCACAGUGACACAUUGCAAAUAGGUUGCCUAGUUCAAUUGCAGCCAAACACAUUUUUCAUACAAAAUCUAGGAAACCAUGAACUUGGUUAAAGGCAAUACAGUUAAAUUAAGCAUAAAAUUUGACAUAUUAGACGACUAAAUAACCGAUGAGGGUAUAUAAAUAACAUAGUUAACUGUUUAUAUCUGUCAACCCCACAGUUGCAGUGUGAAAGUAGGUAACCCAAAGAAUUUAAAUUAUAAAAUUUCAAUUCUUUUGGGUAGAUUCUAUUAACUAAUGUACGAUUUUCUUUAUUUAACCAAUGAGAGAAGAAGAUUAAAUAAAUAAAAAUAAAAACCAUUUAAUAUUAUUCGGCCGCAAUUUAACUAGGCAACCUAUGGGUCAAUGUGAAUAUUUUCUAUAAUUUAAUUGUUAUCCCAAUUAAAUAACAGAUGAGGGUAUAUAUUUGUUAUAUCGGAUCUCGCACUAACACGAGCAUUCCAAACUAUAGACAGUUAAACCGUCGACUUUGAGUUAAGUUUGUACAAGAUCUCAAGUUGUGUGUGAUGUAUCAGUUAAGUUAUACAUAUUAUUAUUUAUUUUAUAUUUUUCUAGUCAUUUUAGCUAUAUCUGUUUCACGCAGACUGCCAUUAUAUUAGUUGUUUGAAUAUUGUCGAUACAUUAUCUCGUUUGCUAUUUCCUUUGUAUCAGGAAAAGAAAAUGUGCGUCAGCUGCGACGCACGAAUGGAGUUUACUCUUUCAGAUCGACUGUCUGAAUAGUGUUUGUUGUCCCGCAGCAUACACUGUGUACGUCUCAAUACCAACGCCUGAUAAGUGAAAGGUGCGCAACCGAGGAGCAGCCGACUGCGUCGUGACCACGCAUGUGCACGCUCGUGUGGGCAGCGCACGGUGAAAGGUGCUCAAAAUAGGUUGCGCACAAAAAAUGUAACGCUGUCAUUCGUUCAUCGAAUUUUACUGCCCAUAUUUUUUUCAUACCGGAGGCAUUAUAUGAAAAAUCGAUUCUUAAGGAGUAAACUCCAAAUAUAAUUGACCUGAUGUAACUUCUGUUAACUGCAAGUUGACUAAACUAGUCUAAACUUGACGUGUGUAAAGUUAACGUCAUGAUCUAUAGUUGUAAGCGCCGCAUACACUUCCGUGUUUCGUUCGUUUCGUUUUUCCGUGUUCGGAAAACCGAAUGUAUGAUAUCAAUAUCGUUAUCAACCCAUAUUCAGCUAUUCGGCUCACUGCUGAGCUCGAGUCUCCUCAGAAUGAGAGGGGUUAGGCCAAUAGUCCACCACGCUGGCCCAAUGCCGAUUGACAGACUACACACUCAGAGAAUUAAGAAAAUUCUCUGGUAUGCAGGUUUCCUCACAAAAUCAAUAUAAUAGUAGUUAAUGAAACGGUUGCAUAAUGACAGUCAUUAAAGCACGAGUUACAUUUUAUAAAACGAACGAAGUGAGUUUUUUAAUAGAGGCACGAGUGUUGCCAAGUUAUGCACGUUGCAUACUCUACUUUAUCUAAUCUCAUGCAAUAGGAAUCUAACAAAAUUAAAUUUUUGCGACUUAGAAGGUAAAGGAUUUGUUGUUGUUGUUGUUGGUUGUACUUGUAGUACUUUCUGAUAUAUCCGGGAGAGUUUGUUCCAUAUCAGAGCUCGAGUCAGUGAUUUUGCUAAAAAUACAAAGCUAAAAUGCAUUUAAAAUAUAAAUUUGUAAUAAACCAAUAAUGGAAUUCGAGUGGCACCAAAAUUAUAUUAUGAAAUACAAUAUUUUUUUAAGUGUAUACCAACAGGCAAAGAUUGUCGCCUGUACAGCCAUGUUCAUACUCGUAUUUGCAUCACAAUUUAAAUUACUGUACUGUUCAAAUUGUUAAUUAUUUGAUUAAUACAUUUUAAUUAAAAUAAUUAAUUAUUUAAACAUUAAACAUUGUUAAAAAAUCAAGAACCCAGAGCUAUACCUGUGUUAUAACAGUAAAAAAGUUAUAUUAAAACACACUUUUCAUACAAAAAGCAGUGUUAUAAUGUAAUUUUUUAAUUUAUUACAGUAUGCAUGUGAAUAAUCUAUGCCAUUAUAUUAUAUUUUUUAUUUCAUAAUUGGAAUAUUAUGACACGAUAUUUUAGAUAAAAUACAUUAAAUGAUGCAUAAUAGGUACGUUUUCUCCGAAAGGAACAAAUUCUUCGCUUACGUAACGAAUGCGAGCCCUUGCGACAAAAUACAUUCCGAAUGAAGAAAAACGUAGUCUGCGGUAGUCUCAAGGAAUUCCAAAUCGAAAUCACGCAUUAGGGAAACAAAUAAGUUCAUCUAUCACCAUUAUCUUAUAAUAUUAAUACUUGACCUUUCGAAAGUGCUUGUAAACUAAGCCCAAUUGAAAUAAAUGAAUAUUGACUAUUUAAAAAAAAUACGGAAAACGCGUGUAUGCGGCCUUAGAAAUGUUAAUCGGAACAUGAGUUGCAUGAAACAAUAGUGAAUAAUAAUUGUGAUUUGCAUAUUAUUAAUUAUUAUCAAUAGUUAAUUCUGUGUGUGUUGUGCUUAAGUCUAUAUUUAUUUAUUUUUAAAUUAAUAUAGUUCAUUAUUUUAAAACUUUCGUUUCUAGUCAUUUAUAUCAAAAAUGGUGUUCAAAACGAAUAUAAUGAAAGCAAUGAUGUACUGUGAAACACGGAUAGACAUUUUUUGAUUGAAUUUAUUUGAAGUAAAUUUUACGAAAUGUAUAAUAUAGUGGGUCGCAGAGAAUAUUGCCUUAUGUGUGUGUAAUGUAUUAUGAACGGUAUAUAUUGUAAUUAUUUUAGCGUGGCGCAUCAACGCGCGGCCUAAUGCGGGGCCUAUGAGCGAGCGCAACUUGCGACGCUACGUAGACCCUGCAGAAGCACAUCAGCGAAUGAUUUGACGCGUGAAGUUAAAUAUAAUUGACAUGUGCUCAGCUGCAUUUGUUGGUGUUGGUUCGGUUGUACACAGAUAGGAUUGCUCGUUAUAUGGAUCAUUAUUAUUAUUAACCCAUUCGGCUCAUUGCUGAGCUCGAGUCUCCUCUCAGAAUGAGAGGGGUUAGGCCAAUAGUCCACCACGCUGGCCCAAUGCGGAUUGGCAGACUUACAGACACACGCAGAGCAUUAAAAAAAUUCUCUGGUACGCAGAGGUCACAUCGAAUGGGCUAUCGCGGCUCUUUUUGAAGCAUAUUCAGAAAUAUAUUCAAAGAAAUAGUCAGGUGCAAUGUAUUUGCUAAUUGUUGGUAAUGUCAAUCUGUUUUGGGAGAGUUCUGUGGGCGCUUAAUGUUGUAAAAUGUGAAAUCCUUGAAAAUGACAGACUAGUGCAUCUGUGUGUGUAAACUGAAGUGAUGUUUUACAGCAGACAUACAUUGACAUUUGACAUUUACAUUAAAGUCAAACCAAAAAUCCUGGAACAUAUUGACUUUAUACGACAUUAAAUAUACGUACAUAUGUACUAUGUAAUAAUAGAUUGUGAAACAGUUACAUAAUAUAUAUAAUACGAGUUAAAAGUCUAUGCGACUCGCUGACAUUGUGGCACUUGUGACUUUGCUGUACAAUCGAACUGGCACCUGUUGUGGAGUAGGCGCGGCCAGCGGGAGAGGGCAGCACGGUGACACAGAUACCCUACCUUACGUCUGUUCCUACAAGUUUGUAACCAAGCGCCUGCGACAGCCAGACAAACCUCAUUGUGGGAAGGCUGAAAGCUUAUCAGCCUAUCCUCCUACCUUAGGUAAGCACGGCAGCCAAUAUCGACUUUGAAUUGUAGUUAUUUUGUGAGGUAGCAGGUUUCAAGGGACUCUCUUUUUCUCUUUCGCUUUAAACUUUCCAAGUUUAAGUUUCCAAGAAAUUUUUGUAUAUUUUCCACGGCAUAAUAUAAGAAACCAUAUCCUAAAUCGCCAAUCAAAUUCAGUUAUUCAUACAUAAUUAAUAAUUAUGAAUCAUAUUCAUCCGUUGCGUUUGUUUGUCUGUUCGUGAUAAACUCGGAAGUGAAGCAUUCAUCGUAACAAACCAAUGCCCAGGAUACUAGACUGAGUUUUAACUUUAAGUCGUCAGUCGCUUAGCUUCGCGGCCUCCCUCUGACAAACACCAAUAACUAUCAAACUCUAAGGUCUCUAGCGCAGAGCUGCCACGAAGCUAAGGAUCUGACCAGUGGUGACUCUCGUAUAAUAUCUCUGCGUAAGCGGCGUGGGCUGCCAUCCAAACUUUGUAAUUGGCUACCGUACUUACGGUAGGAGCAUGCGCUGACGAACUUUCAGCCUUCAGGCAUGUGUGGCAAUUCGCAGGCUCUCGCUCUACAUGGUCAUCGCCCGAACUAUUCUAUGACGUAGAUCACCCAUCACAGGCGAUCACCUACAAGUGAUUACCUCUACGCGCUUAGAUCUUGCUGUUGUCAUCGUGGCUGUCCUCUUGAGCCAAAAGACGUUUUGCUAUUUUAUGACUAAUACCUGUAGUAUCUAUGUGAUUAGAUGUUGGAUAACAUUUCGUUGUAUCUAAAUCAAAAUUGCAAUAAACCACAAUUAAAUUUAUCUAGUCAACAUCUAGUCUAAAAAAUCUGUGUUCCAAAUGACGGCACGAUUCCCUCAACACAAAGGCACACGGAUUUUGAUUUUUUAGGAUUUCGUGGAAAAUAGCAAAGUGUGUCAAUUGUUCAUAACGCGUAUGUAACGCGCCGCCGCUGGACUGCGGACUUGUGCAUUUACUUGUAAUAUUUUUAUGAUGUGAUGAAUAAACUAUAAUACUCGAA